AUGACUGAAUUGUUCAAGAAAAACCAAGAGCUAAUAGACUAUGUCUAUGCUAAUUUCAAUGGUGUUCCCAAGGGAAGUGAUGAUUAUGAGAAAAUGAUUUCAGGAAUGCGUUAUAGAUGCUGGGUUCCUGAAUUGAAAUAUGCUCGUAUGAGAAGACAUGAAAGAGCCUUGAAGUAUGGUAAUAUUAGUAUUGAUGAUUUUGAGACUCCAGAUGAAUACGAACAGGCCCGCUUAGAUUAUUUGAAAACCGUUUUUGGAAAUAUCAAAGGUGAAGCAUUUGUUGAAGCACCUUUCUACGUUGAUUAUGGAUUCAAUAUUGAAGUUGGUGAUAAGUUUUAUGCCAAUUUCAACUUAACUAUCUUGGAUGGUUCAAUUGUAAAGAUUGGACAUGGGGUUGCACUUGGUCCAAAUGUCACUUUGACUUGUGCUACCCAUCCUUUAGAUCCUUACAUGAGGGUUGAUGAUCAUUAUGAAUGGUCCAGGGAAAUCAUUAUUGGUAAUAGGGUCUGGUUAGGUGCCAAUGUCACUGUUCUUGCUGGAGUCCAUAUUGGGGACAAUGUUGUUGUUGGUGCCAACUCCGUUGUUACCAAAGACAUCCCAGCCAACUCUGUUGCAGUUGGUAUUCCAGCCAGAGUCGUCAAGAAGCUGGAAGUGGUUGAGAGAGGUAAAUAA